AUGGGUUUUGGGACUAAGUGGAGGGAGUGGAUAUGGAGCUGCAUCUCGACUGCAAAGUUCUCAGUGUUAGUAAAUGGGGAGCCAACUGGGUUCUUCUCUAGCUCCAAGGGGCUUCGGCAAGGCGACCCUCUAUCCCCAUAUUUGUUUAUCAUGGGAAUGGAGGUGCUGAGUGCCCUUAUUCGGAGAGCUGUGGAAGGGGGCUGCAUCUUUGGAUCCGCUUCAGGGCUGAGGAUUAAUUUAGCUAAAAGCGAAAUUAUUCCAGUGGGGGAGGUGGAUGAGAUCCUUGAGAUGGCUGUGGAGUUGGGCUGCAAGGUAGGCCAGCUGCCUUCAACCUACCUGGGGUUGCCUCUGGGUGCGCCUAAUAAAGCUGGUUACGUGUGGGAUGGGGUGGAAGAACGGAUGAGGUGGAAAUUAGCUCUUUGGAAGCGGCAAUACAUCUCUAAGGGUGGUAGAAUCACCCUCAUAAAGAGUACGUUGACUAGCAUGCCGUUAUAUCAACUGUCCCUCUUCCGUAUGCCUAAGGUUGUGGCAAGAAGAUUAGAAAAAUUGCAAAGAGAUUUCUUGUGGGGAGGGGGAAGUAUGGAAAGAAAAGCACACCUAGUCAGUUGGGAGAGGGUGUGUGUGAGCAAGAAGAAGGGGGGGCUUGGUUUGAGGAAACUAGUUCAUUUGAACAAAGCCCUUCUUGGAAAAUGGGUGUAG